CCGCCAUCCGGGCCAACGACGGCGCAAUGCCGCAACAAGAGAGCGCAAGACAACAACGCGCAAUCUUGGAGUGUACGCAGAUACAACCGCCGAGCGCCGCGAAGAGCGUGCUGAUUACACAUAUCCAAAGAUUGUGUUUCCCGAUAACGACGACGAGCUAAAGGCAGACCCCGCCGCAUUCGCGUGGCAAGAAACGCUCAAAGACCAACCAGGGAAGAAAAAGCGAAAGCUGAAGCAUCCAGUAUACAGACGCGAUUACCAAGCCGCCCCCAGACCUCGCGACCUAGAAAAGUUCUCUCUCGUCCGAGGUCCUCAUCUUCGUCGAUCCCAUGACUUCGCCAGAACGGUUCACUCGAGAAUGGGACGAUGAUGUCCUUGCAGCGGUAUGGGAGCACACCCAGAAACAUGGGCAGUUGAAAGAUCUGGGCGGUGGAUACAAGCUCGAGCUGCGCCCUUCGACCAAGCUCUCGCACUCAGAUCGCGGCGCUUGCCUUGACAUCGUGCGUCAUACCUCAAUGGCAGCGUACAAGGCUUCCCGAAUGGGCUGGCACACCCCUUCGAAGCGGACCGAGAUGGCAAACAAAGACAUGGCAUACAUCCUCGUUCGUGCUACGGAUGGCACCCGAGAUGCUUUUGGUCCCGGAAUCGAUACGAACAUCGUCGGCUUCAUCUCCUUCAUGAUCGAUUAUGACGAUCCGCCGAACGACCAUCGACAAGUCGUAUACAUCUUCGAGAUACACUUGGCAGAGAGGCUUCGUGGUAAAGGCUUGGGCAAGUGGCUCAUGUUCACGGUUGAAGCCAUGGCGCAGUCUGUCACGAUCAAGAAGACGAUGCUCACUGUUUUUGUUAGCAACAAAGCCGCCAUCCAAGCGUACAAGCGGAUGGGCUACGACAAGGACGAAGCUUCUCCGUCAGACAGGGAGACACGCGGCAGGAUCAUACCGUCGGAUUACUGGAUCAUGAGCAAGAGUUGGCAUGACAAAUGACACUGCGAUGACUGCUCAGCUUGCCUCGACCAAAUGCAAUAGUUUGGUGGCACAAAUGGUCUGAUGGCACAUGAAGUUAUGACAGUUGUAUAUGUUGGCGUUUCGGUAAGAUACCCUGGGAGGUCUGACUUUUCGCUCGAUUGAGCAGAUCUGUGUAGUCACACUACAAUGAUCGGAUAGCGCUUGCAUCUUGUAGCGUGACUGGAGAUCGCAAGUUCUCUGGCCACAAAUCAUCAUAUCUGUAAAUCUUUCCCCUUUCUCGUGAGU